UUUUUGACAAACUACUAAGAUUUAUGACUUUAUUUGAUGAUAAUACACAUUAUUAUGGGUGAUGCAUGCAAACGACUUAAAGGCUAGGGUUGGUACCGCGGCUGCUAAAGUCUACUUUUGUUGGAUCUGUGGGUCGUCCCGAAGAUGUUAACGUGACUCUUCUAUAAUUGAGGAUUGUGUGUUGUUGCUACUCUCCUCUUACGAUAACUCACGUGGCUUUUUUCUUGUUAUCUUUUCCAUAUUUUCACAAUAAAAUAUCAGAGAUCUUGAGAGAUUUUUCACAAGGGAAUUGGGCCCCAAAUGGAGACAAUUUCAUGUGGUUGAAUCAUAU